GUACAAAAUAACUUUCAACGUUUCUAUUAAAAUAUUCAUUCUGAGUUUUUUUUUCACUACUGUUUGUGUUUGCGUAUAGUCUGCAUGUGUUAUUCAGUAUUGUAGCACAUACAAAACAAUCGAAGUUCGCUGCUUGAACAUAUUUAAUAUUUAUUUCAAUAUUUGAAAAUAAAAUCUAAUGAGUUUUAAAAUUCAAAAUGUUUAAAGAGUUAGAAAAGUUUAAAAAUCAGCAGCUACACAACAUUAAAGUCACAGAAAUAAAAAUAAACUUACCGAGCGGAGGCUUCAUCGCUGGUAAAUGGUGGGGUGAUUUAGAUACAAAACCAAUUUUAUGUCUGCAUGGAUGGCAAGAUAAUGCUGGAACUUUUGAUCGUUUGAUUCCGUUGUUGCCGAAAGAUUUUUCAUAUUUAGCUAUUGACUUUCUUGGACAUGGAAGAAGUUGUUGGCUGCCUGAUGGUGUUGUUUACAAUGUUUUUGACAAUAUCUUUGCAGUUCUGUAUGUCAUGAAGGAAUACAAAUGGGAUAAGAUCAGCUUAUUAGGACACAGCAUGGGUGCAAUGGUUUCGUUUCUAUUUGCAUCAAUCUUUCCAGAAAAAAUGGACUUGCUUAUUAAAAUUGACAGUUUUAAAAACUUAGACAGAACAUAUGAGCAAGAACUAAGUGAUGUAAAAGAUGGUAUAUUGAACUUCAUGGUUAUUGAUGAGAGAAUCCGAUCAAGUUCGGAGCCACCAAGCUACACAGUUGAAGAAAUGAUCGAGAGAGUCAAUACUGGAAGCUUCUUUAACAUCACAACUGAAAGUGCUCCAUACUUACUUGAUAGAAACAUCACAAGAUCCUCAAAGUAUCCAGAUAAAUUUUACUUUUCACGAGAUCCAAGACUGAAGAAUAUCAUUUUAAUGACACAUCCUGAAAGUACAGCUAUUGAAAGUGCUAAAAGGAUCAACAUUCCGUUUCUCUUUUUCACAACCAAACAGUCAUCGCCUUUGUAUGCAAAGUUCAAAUAUUUUGAUAAUCUUAUUAAAACAUUUCAGCAGAAUCCAAAAUUUAAACUGGAAGUUAUUGACUCAGAUUCUCAUUACUUCCACUUGAAUGAUCCAGAAAUGAUUUCAAAUGCAAUCGGACGAUUUUUGAUUGAAAAUAGGAAAGUUAUUCAUCAUCUUUAGGUUUUUGGAAUUAGAUAUGGAUUAAUUAAGAACGAAAGGUGGUGCAGACGAUCAAAAAUCUACUUAUAGGCCCGAUUCUUCAGCUCCUCGAGUCACUCUACUUUAAUUUAAAUUAGAUGUACUACAAUAUUGAAUAAAAUAUGAUUUUCACUAACGUUGAAUAACCAUUGGAGUUUUAAGAACCAGCCCUUGGCCUGAUUAGAGUCUGUGAUUUUUAAAAUCAAGUCUAAAAAAU